GUGGAUGAUUUUGUUCCUUCUUGCCAUCUUUCGAUUAUUUUUUAAGUUUUUUCACAAUUUGAUUUCAAUAUUUACAAUAAAAUAAAAUUUGCCUCAUUCAAAAAAUUAAAGUAAGAAAGAAAUAUUAUUCUUAAAUGAGUAUGUGUACACGUGGAGAGCGUAGGUGUUACUUGAUUGACAGUGAAAUGCGUGUCGGCAUAGAAAAGAAUUCGCCGGUAGCUUAGAAACUGAAAAUCUCUUCGCCUCCAAAUCCAAGUGGUAAUGGCGGCGGCGGCAGCAGCUCAAGGACCUUGCCUCAAUCACAUUUCUAGAGAAACGUCUGAUAUCAAACGCCUCUCUAAAUUCUACAUGGAGGUUUUUGGGUUUGAGCAAGUAGAGUCUCCAAAGUUCGAAUUUGAGGUAAUAUGGUUGAAGCUUGGUUCAUCCAUGUUGCUGCACCUCAUAGAAAGGGACCCCACCGUCAUGCUUCCCGAAGGUCCAUGGAGCUCCGUGGCGGCUGUGGCAGACCCAAAGAACCUUCCAAGAGGACACCAUAUCUGUUUCUAUGUACCCGAAUUCGACUCCUUUGUUCAGAGAGUAAAGGAUAAAGGAAUUCCGGUUCAUGAGAAGAGUCAACCAGAUGGGAAGACGAAGCAAGCAUUCUUCUUCGAUCCAGACGGAAACGGGCUAGAGGUAUCGAGCCAGAUGCCGUCACUGUAAACCAGGUGUAGUCAUACAUGAUCCAACGAUACUAGUGAGCGAAUGGGAACGAAGUGCAUCUUAGUUGUUAAUAUGUUUCCUCUCUAACUAGUAGGUCAGGAAUUCGAGUCAUCUAGUAUGCGUCAGUGUGUGUCCCUCUAGAAAAGAAUGUUGUGUAAAAUAUAUGUAUGUCCAAAAGGCUUCGAUGGCAUAUCCUAGCUUAUGAAAAUGUUUUACAAUAUAUCUUCUCCUUACAAAAUUGCAAAGACAAAGCUUAUCC